AUUUUGAAAUAUGUGUCACGUGCAGUAGUAUAUCUUUGCUGUUGUUUUGUUUCAUAUGAAUUGGGUUCUCAUACUUUGAUAGAGAAAGAUGGUUUUUAUCCAAUGGCUCCAUUUUCUGAUGAAUUUAGUUUUAAAGAGGAUAAAACACUCUUCGCUUUGGCAAAUAAAGCAUUCAGUAAACCGAUGGAACCUUUCCAUCGUAUUGGAAUUUCUAAAGAAGAAUUUAGUUUAAUUUUGGCAAUUAUAUAUUUAAAUCCAGAUAUCCCCGGUUUAUCAGAAUUCGCGAGAAAUAUCCUUUCAAUUGAGUUUUCCUUCUAUUCAAAAAUGUUACUUAAUUAUUUACAUAAUAAAUUCGGUAUAGAUGCUGGAACUAAAAAAUAUGCUGAAUGUUUUCAUUUAAUUUCAACUUCAUUUAUUGGAGCACAAAAUUUUACUUCAUUAUAUAUUUAUCAAGAAGCAUUAUAUAAACGUCCACCACAAAGUUCAAAAAUACCAAAUUCUCUUGAAGCUAUUUUUUCAAUUUAA